CCAAGACAAACCCGAAUCGUUAAAGAAGAACGGAGGGGAAGAGGAAGCGAAGAAGACGGAAAGUUCGAGAGGAAGAAAGAACCUUGAAAGACGCUAAGGAUCACUUACCUCACCUUGCCGGGGUUCAAACGUCGGACUAGCUCCGAUUUGUAACGCUGACUAAUCAACACCUAUACGAGACGCGAAGCAACUACAAGAUGACGUUAGAGCAAGUGGAGGCUAACCAAGCUACCAUGAGGUCAGACAUCAAUACGAUCCAAGAGAAGAUGGAUCAACUGCUGGAAACAAUGCUCGCCAUCGCCCAGAGAGAGAGGGUUGCGGAUGCAGAAGCUGAGGCUAGAAGGAAUGAUAACCCAUCAAGUUUGGUCCACCAAGACGAGAGCUUCGUCCAUGCCAAGAAGAGUCUGGUUCAUAUACCAGUAGGAAGCAAAGGGGAGGGUGAUCGUGCAGAGCCUUCUGAGGCGCCUGCUUAUUAUGGGUCCGAAAUGGGAGAUGACCCAUACGAAGCUUUCUAUGUGCCUGAUCAUCCGAAGCCAAAGAUGCUUCCAGACCCUGCUGCAGAUAGGCUUCGUGCCUUGGAAAAGAAGAUCAAAGCUAUCGAAGGGAAUAAUAUCUUCGGUGCCUCUGCCAUGAACAUGCGCUUGGUAUCAAAUUUGGUCAUUCCGGCUAAAUUUAAAACUCCUGAUUUCGAGAAAUACAAAGGCCAGACUUGCCCAAGAAGUCACCUCGUGAUGUAUUUCAGGAAAAUGGCUGCUCAUACCAAAAACGACAAACUACUCAUACACUGUUUCCAAGAUAGUUUGAGUGGAGCGUCUCUAAGAUGGUACAUGAGCUUAGAGCAAGGGCGGAUUUAAAACUGGGAAGAUUUGGCUGACGCAUUUCUCCGUCAGUACAAAUAUAAUUUGGAUAUGGCACCUGACCAAAUGCAGUUGCAAGGGAUGGCAAUGAAAGAAAAGGAGUCCUUUAAAGAAUACGCCCAGCGAUGGAGAGAGUUGGCUGCUCAGGUAGAGCCACCAUUGUCUGAGAAGGAAAUAACUGGAAUAUUUGUGGACACGUUGAAGGACCCAUUCUUUGAUAGAUUAGUGAGCAGCGCAGCAUCUGAUUUUGCGCAUCUGGUCACAAUCGGAGAUCGCAUAGAAAAGGGUCUGAGGGAUGGAAAGAUCUCAGGAGCCGUGGCAACCCCUAGCACACCGAAAAAGUAUUAUGGAGGCUUCCAGAAGAAAAGAGAGGGUGAAACGAACGUUGUAUCUCGAGGAUAUAAGGGGAAGCAACAGGCUUCAUAUGGCCAAGUCGCUGCCGUGGUACCCAUACCCUAUCAACAACCCAUACAACAACAACCAAUGUAUCAACCACCAAGUAACAAACGAGAUAAAUAAGCAAGUGGUAAAAAUAAGAGAUUCUGAAUUAGUAAGGGCACAUAACGGGCCCUAAGAGCCCAAAACCUUCUUGUACCAAACGAUCCAUCAGCAAAAAUUAAUAAAAUAAGAAAAAGUGGGCCUUAAGCCAAAAACCGGUGGCCCACUUGGAGACCAGAGAAGGUGAAGAAGCGAACGGUCAAACGACCGCUGGACUCCACAUGCGGCCGAGACACGUGUUUGGCCUUGCUUCGAUUUCUCUUCCUUCCAAUCCUGAAUACCUUAAACCCUCUUUUGAAUCCUCCGAAUAUAUGAACAAAACCUCUAAAAUUUUAGGAACAUCUAAGAGUUGUUCUAAACCAACAAACUAAAUCAAGAAACAAACAACAAUUAUCCCUACACUAGAUUUACUCCGAUGCAAUCGAAACCUAACGAUUCAUCAAUAACACCACACAAAUAAACAAGUCUUCCAUGGCAUGGUG